AUGGGUCUCCACUACUGUCUAGAAGGACUCAGAUCCUCCUACCUCCGCUUGGCAACCCUAAGAAAAGUCGCCGCGACAAGGGGUGACAUGGAAUUAGAGAGCAUUAUCACCGAGCUGUCGAUUCGAGCCUCCAACGUCGUGUUUCCUAUGGUCUGCCUGCUCGACACGAUCUACCGUGGCAGACCGGUUGGGCAUGGUUUCAUGGUUCAUCAUCAAACCAAAUCCGAAUCUCAACCUCAAUCCCAACACUAUCCCUAUAACCACGACCACGACUCGGAUGUCGACACCGAUAGCGACUCCUAUGACUACGACACUGACCACGAUAGCGACUCCUAUGACUACGAUACUAACCGCCACGACUCCGAUUCCAAUUCCGAUUCCAACCACCAAGCCCACGACGACACCGACACUGACAGUCGCUCCACUGACACCGAGACCGACACUCCCAGCACCGACACCGACACUGAUAGCGACAGUGACACAAUAACCACCACUCUCUCACCCACAACCAUCACCCGCAGAACCAACCCAGAUCCACUCCUUCUAGCCUACUUCACCACCCAUCUCCUCCCCCCCAGCGGUCUUUUAGCCCAUCUCCCCACCGCCACGACCACACCCACCCAACUAUUCCACACCUACCGCGCCAUCGGAUCGACUACUCUUGACAACUUUGAAAUUCGUGUCCACCGCGCCGUGGUGGCGCUGGAGAUGGAGAUUAGAGAGUUGGAAGAUAUUGUUUGUGGCUGA